AAGUCGGAGUCCCUUGCGAUGGGGAGGCCAAAAGGAUUGGCGAAUAUCACCUGGAGAUGAUAUGGCUGAUUCAGGAUAUCAGAAAGAAGUGGAGGAGUGGGUAGAGCUAAAUAGGAAGCUCAAACAGACUGGCCUCCCAGGGAUAAAGCUGCUUCACCCAGCUGAUGUAGCAUUACUUGCAGGAAGGACGAUAAGUUUGGAUAUACCCAUGAGUAAAAUAGUUCGUGAGAAUAUGAUGUCACUGAUGGGGGAGAGCGAUCAUAGACAAACACUGAUCCAGGAUCUUAUUCUCACAAACAACAAGCUAAAGGAGGAUGUUGAAAAGCAGUUAUCUUUAGCAGAGAAAUACCACAGCCGAAUGAAGGAGUUGAAAAUUUUGCUGGAGAGUUCAAGGACUAGAGUACAAGAACUAGAACAAGACGAAGACAUGAAGUCAUCAUUUUACGUGGAUGAGGAAGAAAAAUUGCUUAAUACCAAAAAUGCUAUACAUGCAAAAUGUAAACAUUUACAACAUAAAUGUCAGACCCAAGAACGAGAGAUAGAACGCCUUAAACAGAAAAUGCAGCGAAUGGCAGAGGAGGAAGACAAAAGGACAAGUAGGCAGUCACAAAUUUUCCAGGAGUUCAAGAAAAGAACGUCUCGGGCACAUAACACCAUGGAUGACAAGCUGUUAGAUGUCAUAGACUCCUAUGAGAAGCAGAUUCAAGGACUUCAGAAAGAACUGGACUUUCACAGAUCUGGUACUACGUUGCCACCACAAGAGUCCGAUGAUGAGAAUCCUUUCCAGUCACUUACAUCAGGAACCUCACAGAACCUGAAAGCUCUUAUAAAGUCUUAUGAGAAACAGCUGAAGGAUGCAAACAAGAAAAUAAAAAAGAUGGAGGAUGAAAAAGAAUUGGUAAAACUAGACAUGGGCUCAAGACCUGAAGUUGGAGAUUACCGCGUAGCACAGCUGAGAAUUAAAAAGUUGGAAAAAUUGUUGGCAAUUCACAGCAUCAGUGUGCCGGGAGAAAAACCUUCAAAGGAUCCCUACCGUUCAAAGAAAUCCUACAGCACAAAGAUGGAGGAUGUGGAAUAUCUACCUCUCGACAUCUGCCGCAACUACCUCAGGGAUAUCACUUGUGAGUUGGAGGCUGACGACCUGCAACAGGUACUCCCCAGCAUACAGAAACUUCGUGAUGAGAUUGACACUGCACAGAGAUAUGAACAGUUCUGUCGCUGUGUAGAAGAUAUUGUCUCAGGACCGGAAGGCAAGAGAGGUCGCAGGUCAAAUAGUCCAUCAAGGCGCAAAAAUGUGUUAUCUGAGAAACGUCUUCAGGAAAAUAUGUCUACUGUUGAAGGAUGGAAACAAGACCAGGAGGGACUGGAGGAGUUACAGAUAUCCCUGAACAAGCUUGGUGAGAGAAUUGCACCUUGGCUUAAGAUCCGAUUGGUUGGUACUGCUUCUGUACCACGGAUCCUCACUGCUGUGGAUAAACUAGUGUAUGAUGAUGGUAUUACUGUAGGCAAGGAUGGAAAGGAACAUCCUUCAAGGACGGUCCUGGAGAAUAUCGUCCAACAUUUCCAGACAUUGUUUGAUGUUCCGUCUGUGUCAGGAGUCUUCCCUAGAAUGAAUGAGAUCUACACAAAACUUGGUGAAGUACACAACAUACUGAAUACUCUGAAGACACUUCUAGGUUUGGAUGAAGACACAAAGUCAACAGAUAUUGUUGAUGCAGUAGGAAGGCUUUGUCAAUCUCACACUACAACAACCAGCAAACAGUUGAAGGCACUCCUACAGACAGAGGAUCUAGAGGGUGUGAUCAGAAGAUUAGAUGAACAUAAAAAUUUCUUCCCAGCAUUUAAAGAGAUAAUGAACAAACUUAUGGACAUAUUAGACAUACAUAGACUUGACCAGGUGAUUCCCGCAGUGCGAGCCCUGAAGCUACUUGCCAGUUGAUGUGGAGGAUAUGGUCACUGCCAUCCCUUCAACAAAACAUAUGGAAUUAAUUGUUACACCAACUAGGACUUGUCAUCUCUUGUGGAAGAUAGCCUUUUGAACUAAGGGAACUAGAAUUCAAGGCAGCAUUCAUGCUAUUAUAAUUAUGAACUGUAAGCUGUGAUUUAUUUAUACAAAAAACGUGUAUUAUCUUUUGUUUGUUUUAAAAGGUGACAGGAUCUCAUAUUUAUGAGAAAAAAAAAACAAUGUUUUCUUUUUGGUGGAAAAUAGUCAGGACUUUUAGAAAAAAAAAAACAGUGACAUGGUCAUUGGUUUAAGACAUACAGUAACAGCGUGUGUGUUUAAGACAUACAGUGACAGUGUGUGUUUAAGACAUACAGUGACAGCGUGUGUGUUUAAGACAUACAGUGACAGUGUUUGACUUUAAGACAUACAGUGACAGUGUGUGUUUAAGACAUACUGUGACAGUGCGUGACUUUAAGACAUACAAUAACAGAGUGUGUGUUUAAGACAUACAGUAACAGAGUAUGUGUUUAAGACAUACAGUAACAGAGUGUGUGUUUAAGACAUACAGUAACAGAGUGUGUGUUUAAGACAUACAGUGACGGCAUGUGACUUUAAGACAUACAGUAACAGAGUGUGUGUUUAAGAUGUCCCUUUGAUAUAAACUGAAAAGGCAGAAUGACAUGGAUUUUAUACAUUUUACAACAACUAAGUUGUUCCAGUUGCAGUGAUAUAAUGCUUGUAUGAAAAUGUUUCCAAGCCAAAUACUUAUCAGUUAUCAGGACCUUUGGUUGGAAUCUUGCACAAUUACAGACUGUUAUUGAGAUUUUAUCUGUUGAUUUGAAGAUUAACUUUAUUUGUACAUACAUGUAUUUUUAAAACUGUAACAUUCAGGGGUCUUGUAAGCCUUAUUUAUUUAGUUCUUUUGUUUGUCCACUAAC